AUGGAUUUCAUGGAGAUAGCCAACGACUUUGUUGAUCAUUGGUUCGGAUCAUUCGAUAACACGGACUUGAAGCCUGUCCUGGCCUCUCUCUAUCGUCCAGAGUCGAUGUUAGUAUGGGAAGGCGCGCAAAAACUAGGUUCUGACGACAUCAUGGCAACUUUGACCAAGCCUGAAAUGUCAGUUGUGAAGACUGUGGUCACUACAAGAGACGCGACUCCAGCUACUGCGGGAGGCAUCUUGAUCACAGCCAUCGGAAGUCUAGCAAUCGACAAUGCGUUUGACACGCCAAUAAGCUUUACUUCAACUUUCCUUCUGCAACCCAAUGAUUAG